CGCGUGAGACGUUCAACCUACUGCGCAGGCGUCGUUCUGUCAACCGAGUCUGCGAGGUUAGGAUGAUCCCCAGAAACCACACCAGCCUCGAGUUUCUCUUCUGUCUCCUGUUCCUUAAAAAGUUUGGGGAUCAGGGUGCCACUCAGUUCAGCGUUCGCCUGUCUCCUCCUCCGGCCCGCCCCAGCUCCUCACCCUUUCCAGGUCAGAGUCGGACGCCUGGGGUCGGAAGUCUAAAGAAGUAGUGACUGGCUGCCUGGUGGCAGUAGUCGUGAGUUCUGUGGUUUUGGAGAUAUUUAAAGCAGAAGCCAGAGUUUGGCAGUGUGGAAGUAGAAACAACUCCUAGACUGGAUGGUGUAACAGAUAACCUUCAAAGACCCCUUCUCACCCUGAAAAGUAGGAAGCUCCAGGACCGUUGGCCCGCGACACUCUAGAAAUACUCGAUGCCGGCACUUUGCACUCAAAACUAAACAGGGCGCUGUGGCGGCGUGGCCGGCGGAGACAGACCCGCAGCUUCGCUCCACUCGGGGAGGCAGCCUCCGUGCUUCCUGAUCGUCAGCUCUCGCCUUCUACCGUCCAGCGUUCAUCACGUCGGUGCCUACUCUGCUCCAGAGGUUCCUAAUAAAACCACGGUCUACAUCACCCACCCAUAAUCGAGAAAAUUUUACCAACUUUAACCCUGUAGAAACUCUACAUUGAAUCAGAAAAAAACCAAAACCAAAAAACAGGCGUAAGAUUAAAGAUUUGUUACUCUAUAUGGAACCGGAGGGGACUCUGUUUCCCAGAAAUUUGACGCUGGCGAAAUGCUGGUCAUAACUUAGGAAGACUGCUUCCUUGGAUUUUUAAAAAAGAUUGCCAGAGGGCCUUAUCCUGUAAGCCCUGAGCCAGUAGGCGUGACGGGGAAGCCAUGGAAGCAUCUGGGAAAGACGAAAUCAGUGUUGAAGAUGAAGCUGUGGAUAAAAGCAUUUUCAAAGACUGCAGCAAGAUUGCUUUCUACAGGCGUCAGAAACAGCAGCUCUCCAAGAAUUUCACCUAUCGGGCAUUAUUAGACUCAAUCGCAACAGGCAAAGAGAGCACCAGUUUCCAAAUCAUCAAUGAAGCAACUAAGCUUCCUCUCCUGGCUGAAAUUUAUGGUAUAGAGAGAAACAUUCUCAGGCUUAAAAUCAAUGAAGAAAUUCCACUGAAACCCAGGUAUGAGGUUUCUGAUGUCCUCAUCAGCAAGCUGAGCACUGUAAGGCUGAUUCCAUGUUCCGGAGAUACAGGUAAUCUGAUACUGUCCAGUGAAAAAGGAGAUCUGAAGUGUCAUAUCACAGCAAACCCAUUCAAGAUAGACUUGGAAUCUGAAAAAGAGGUUGUAAUGAGCAUAAAUUCCCUGGGCCAGUUAUACUUUGAGCACCUACAGAUUCCUCCCAAGCAAAGAGCUACCAAAGAAAAUGAGAAGAGUACAUCAGUUGACACCUCUCAGGAAGAUCAAGAGGAUCUAGGCCUGUGGGAAGAGAAAUUUGGAGAUUUUGUGGAUGUCAAAGCUAAUGGUCCUUCCUCCAUUGGUUUAGAUUUCUCCUUGCAUGGAUUUGAACAUGUCUAUGGGAUCCCACAGCAUGCAGAAUCACACCAACUUAAAAAUACUAGGAAUGGAGAUGCUUACCGUCUCUAUAACCUGGAUGUCUAUGGAUAUCAAAUACAUGACAAGAUGGGCAUUUAUGGCUCAGUGCCUUAUCUACUAGCCCACAAACUGGGCAGAACUAUAGGCAUUUUCUGGCUGAAUGCCUCAGAAACCCUAGUGGAGAUCAAUACAGAGCCUGCAGUAGAGUACACACUGACCCAGAUGGGCCCAGUUGCUGCUAAACAGAAAGUCAGAUAUCGAACUGAUGUGCGCUGGAUAUCUGAGAGUGGAAUUAUUGACGUUUUUGUACUGACAGGACCAACACCUUCUGAUGUCUUCAAGCAGUACUCAUGCCUGACAGGUUCUCAAGCCAUGCCCCCUCUCUUUUCCUUGGGGUACCACCAGUGCCGCUGGAACUAUGAGGAUGAGCAAGAUAUCAGGGCAGUGGACACAGGAUUUGAUGAGCAUGACAUUCCCUAUGAUGUCAUAUGGCUGGACAUAGAGCACACGGAGGGCAAGAGGUACUUCACCUGGGACAAAGAAAGAUUCCCAACCCCCAAAAGAAUGCAAGAGCUGCUUAGGAGCAAAAAACGUAAGCUCGUGGUCAUCAAUGACCCUCACAUUAAGGUGGAUCCUGACUACUCAGUGUACACUAAGGCCAAAGAACAGGGCUUCUUUGUGAGAACUCAUGAAGGGGCUGACUUUGAAGGAAUAUGCUGGCCUGGUCUCUCCUCUUACCUGGAUUUCACCAAUCCCAAGGUCAGAGAGUGGUAUUCAGGUCUUUUUGCUUUUCCUGCUUAUCAGGGAUCUACAGAUAUUCUGUUCAUAUGGAAUGACAUGAAUGAGCCUUCAGUCUUUCGAGGGCCAGAGCAAACCAUGCAAAAGAAUGCCAUUCAUCAUGACAACUGGGAGCACAGAGAACUUCACAACAUCUAUGGUUUUUAUCAGCAAAUGGCUACUGCAGAAGGACUGAUACAGCGAUCUAAAGGGAAGGAGAGACCUUUUGUUCUUUCACGUUCUUUCUUUGCUGGGUCACAAAAGUAUGGUGCAGUGUGGACAGGCGACAACACAGCAGAAUGGAAUUACCUGAAAAUUUCCAUCCCAAUGUUACUCACUCUCAGCAUUACUGGGAUCUCUUUUUGUGGAGCUGAUGUGGGGGGCUUCAUCGGGAACCCAGAAGCAGAGCUGUUAGUUCGUUGGUACCAGGCCGGGGCCUACCAGCCUUUCUUCCGUGGCCAUGCCACCAUGAACACCAAGAGGCGGGAACCCUGGCUGUUCGGGAAGGAGCAUACCCAGCGCAUCCGAGAAGCCAUCCGAGAGCGCUACACGCUUCUGCCUUAUUUGUAUUCUCUGUUCUACCAAGCGCAUGUGGCUUCUGAACCUGUGAUGAGGCCUCUGUGGGUAGAGUUCCCUAAUGAAUUAGAAACUUUUGGUAUAGAAGAUGAAUACAUGCUAGGAAGUGCUUUAUUGAUUCAUCCAGUCACAGAACCAGAAGCAACCAUGAUUGAUGUAUUUCUGCCAGGAUCCAAUGAGAUCUGGUAUGACUCUAAGACAUCCGCUUGCUGGGAAGGAGGGUGUACCAUGAAGAUGCCAGUAACCCUGGAUACUAUACCAGUGUUUCAGCGAGGUGGAAGUGUGGUGCCGAUAAAGAUGGCUGUGGGAAGGUCCACCGGCUGGAUGACUGACACCCCGUAUGGACUCCGCGUGGCCCUGAGUACUAAGGGUUCCGCAGUGGGAGAGCUGUAUCUUGAUGACGGCCAUUCAUUCCAGUACCUCCACCAGAGGCAGUUCUUGCACAGGAAGCUUUCAUUCUGUUCCAGUGUUUUGACCAACAGAUGUGCUGAUGAGCGGGGACAUUUUUCCAGCAAGUGUGUAGUGGAGCAGAUCUUGGUCUUAGGCCUCAGGAAGGAGCCUUCUUCUGUGACCACCCACUCAUCUGAUGGGAAAGCUGCGCCAGUGGCUUUUGUGUAUUGUGCCGGAACGUCCAGCUUGAGCCUCGAGAAGCUUUCCCUGAACAUUGGUGCAGACUGGGAAGUCCACAUCCAAUGAAGACAAGGGCCAGCCACUUGCACAGGAAUACUCUGCACCUUUCAACCGCUUGGCCCUUUUCUGAGAUUUGUGCUGCAAUCUAAUCAGUUCCUUGGCUGAAAAUGAUCUUUCACUGGUCACUAGUGUACAAAGAAACAGUGAAUUGCACAUUUUAAGAUUUGAGGUUAAAAAAAAAAAAAA